GUGAGAAAUGUUUCCAUAGGUGCACUAUAGGGGAGGUGUCCACUCCUAUAAAAGUCCAGUUGGUAAUCAGACUGAUUGUCCGUGUGGUCAUGAUGGCGAAGCUGAGUAUCUUGGUUGCCAUUGCCGUGCUCCUGGAGACGGUGUCUGCUGCCUCUCUGGGUGUGGUCUUCACUGAGGGUGGCAUGGUGGAAGGCAAAAACAUUCGUCUUGGUUACCGUCACCACAUGGAUGUCUUCAAGGGAAUCCCAUUCGCUGACAUACCUGGAAGGUUCGAAAAACCCCGGCGUCACCCUGGCUGGGAUGGUGUUCUCAAGGCCACCGAAUUCAGGAAGAGGUGUCUUCAGUUGACCCUGUUAAUGGAUGACACCAGAGGUAGUGAGGAUUGUCUCUACCUUAAUAUCUGGGUUCCUCACGUGCGAUCAGUGUCCACCAAUUUGCCAGUUAUGGUGUGGAUCUAUGGAGGCGGAUUCCUAGCUGGAGGAUCAAUGGGCGCCAACUUCCUGAGCAACUAUCUGUACGAUGGACAGGAGAUUGCAGAUAGAGGAAACGUCAUAGUGGUGACAUUGGGAUACCGUGUGGGAGCUCUGGGAUUCCUCAGCACUGGAGACUCAAGUUUACCUGGAAACUACGGUCUAUGGGAUCAGCAGGCCGCCAUCGCCUGGGUCCACAGAAACAUCCGCUCAUUUGGAGGAAACCCAGACAACCUUACUCUCUUCGGAGAGUCUGCAGGUGGCGCUAGUGUCAACUUCCAGACGAUCACGCCCCACAACAAGGGUCUCAUCAAGAGAGCAAUCUCCCAGAGUGGGGUCGCUCUCUGCCCCUGGGCUAUCAACAGGAACCCCCGCAGAUUCGCAGAAGAGGUUGCUGUGAGAGUCAACUGCCCCACUGAUGAGCGCAUGGCCGCCUGUUUGAAGAUGACCGACCCUGUUCUCCUCACUUUGGCUGCACCUCUCAACCUGAGGAGUUCACCUGACGCCCCCCUUGUAGACAACCUGGUCCUGUCAGCAGUUCUCGAUGGGGACUUCCUGCCCGAUGAUCCUUCCAAAUUGUACCACAACGCCGCUGAUAUCGACUACAUGGCCGGAGUCAACGAUAUGGACGGACAUUUAUUCACCGCUAUGGACAUCCCGUCAAUCAACUCCCACCUGGUGGAAACCCCCAUCGAUGACAUGAAGAGGCUGCUGGCUUCUUACACCAAAGAAUCGGGCAAGGCCGCUUUGGAAGAGGCCUACUCCUUGUACACCACGGCGUGGGAAAGCAACCCCAGCAAAGAGGACGUUAAAAAGACUAUUGUGAAUGUUGGUACUGACUACAUCUUCCUGAUCGCGACACAGGCUGCUCUUUACCUUCAUGCUUCCAACGCCACAAAUGCUGGCACCUACUCGUAUCUUUUCUCCGAGCCAAACCGUUUGGGCGGCAUCGGUCGACCGUACCCCAGCUGGGUGGGGGCGGACCACUCCGACGACCUGCAGUACGUCUUCGGGAAACCUUUCACCACUCCGCUGGGAUACUGGCCCAGCCACCGCCGUCUGUCCGGCUACAUGAUCGCCUACUGGACCAACUUUGCCAAAACCGGAGAUCCCAACAACGGAGACUCGAGUGUGCCUGCGACCUGGCCCAAAUUCACCAGCAAUGGACACCAGUACCUGGAGAUCAACGCUGAUAUGGAUAAAAGCUACGUGAGACAGAAAAUGAGAAUGCGUUAUGUCCAUUUUUGGACGAGCGUCCUGCCCAACAUCCCUAAGAUAUCAAAAUAAAGCUGCUUUGUGUUCUGUA